AUGGAAGAUGGAAACCCUAGUUUCACAGUGGAUGAAGCUCUUGUGUCGAUGGGAUUUGGGAAGUUUCAAUUGUACGUUCUUGCUUAUGCUGGAAUGGCUUGGAUUGCAGAAGCCAUGGAGAUGAUGCUCCUCUCUUUCGUGGGACCUGCUGUUCAGUCGCUAUGGAAUCUCUCUGCAAGAGAGGAAAGCUUAAUAACCAGCGUUGUUUUUGCUGGUAUGCUUAUUGGAGCUUACUCUUGGGGCAUUGUUGCAGACGAAUAUGGCCGGAGGAAAGGGUUUAUCAUAACUGCGGUAGUGACUUUCGUAGCUGGUUUCUUGAGCGCAUUUGCACCAAACUACUCGUCGUUGAUCAUUCUCCGCUGUUUUGUUGGUCUUGGUUUGGGAGGAGGUCCUGUUCUUGCCUCCUGGUAUCUUGAAUUCAUACCUGCGCCAAACCGUGGGACCUGGAUGGUUGUUUUCUCAGCUUUCUGGACUGUUGGAACCAUAUUUGAGGCUUCCCUCGCUUGGUUGAUCAUGCCGAGUUUGGGUUGGAGGUGGUUACUUGCACUCUCUUCUGUACCUUCAUCGUUGCUUCUUCUGUUCUAUAGAUGGACACCCGAGUCUCCUCGGUAUUUAGUCCUACAAGGCCGGAAAGCUGAAGCUCUUUCCAUAUUGGAGAAGAUUGCAAGAAUGAACGGAACCCAACUACCUAAGGGUGUUCUCGGCUCAGAGAUGGAAACUGAGCUCGAAGAGAAUAAAGCCCUUCCAACAGAAAACACUCAUCUUCUCAAGCCUGGAGAGAUCGAAGAACCACCUGCUGUGUCCAAGAUAGUACUAAAAUCUGACAACAAAGGACCAGGUUUUCCCUUACUAGCUCUUCUAUCUCCGCAGCUAAUCAAGCGGACUUUGCUACUCUGGGUUGUCUUCUUUGGAAAUGCGUUUGCUUACUACGGCGUUGUCCUUCUCACCACUGAGCUGAACAAUUCCCAAAACAAUUGCUAUCCAACCAAACAAGGGUUAAGACAUUCUUCAAACGAUGUUAACUACAAAGAUGUUUUCAUCGCCAGUUUUGCAGAGUUUCCAGGGCUACUGAUAUCAGCAGCAAUGGUGGAUAGACUUGGACGAAAAGUGUCAAUGUCAUCAAUGUUAUUCAUCUGUUGCAUAUUCCUUCUUCCAUUGUUAACUCAUCAAUCUCCAACCUUAACUACCGUUCUUCUCUUCUGCUGCCGUAUCUGCAUCUCGGCGGCUUUCACGGUGGUCUACAUUUAUGCUCCGGAGAUUUAUCCUACAGCGAUUAGAACGACCGGAGUAGGAGUGGGGAGCUCGGUUGGGAGAAUCGGAGGAGUCUUGUGUCCACUCGUGGCCGUUGGAUUAGUUCAUGGAUGCCAUCAGACCGUCGCGGUUCUUCUCUUCGAGAUUGUGAUUCUUGCCUCAGGGAUCUGUGUUUGUCUCUUCCCCUUUGAGACCAGUGGUCGCGACCUGACAGAUAAUAUCUCAUCGUCCAAACAACCACCUUCAUCAUCCGUAUAG